UAUGGGUUUUUAAUACUAAAAUCUAACAUUAGGUACUUCACAGACCACAGUUGCAUUUAAAUUAUAUCAAUGGAAAGUUAUAAAAUAUUGGAACGGAUUGGAGAAGGAACGCACGGGCAAGUGGUUCAAGCCAUGGAACGGUCUACUGGUAAAAUAGUCGCCAUUAAGUGCGUACGUUCGUCGGACAAGGCGUCAAAGAACUUGCUACGAGAAAUUGAAUCACUGAAAGCGCUGGAUUCCGAUUACGUCGUAAAGCUGUUAGAUCAUUUUUGUCACAGUUUCAGUUUCUAUUUGGUAUUAGAGUUUGUGGCUUCUGGCUUGCCAGAGAUGUUGUAUGAUGACGAUGUUUUCCUCGACGAUUCCCAUUUGAAAACAUACGCUCGUAUGCUCCUCGCCGGUGUAAUGCACAUGCAUACCACCAACAUCAUGCACAGGGAUCUAAAACCAGCGAAUUUGCUGAUAAGUUCCGAGGGAGUAUUAAAAAUAGCGGAUUUCAGUUUGAGCCGUCUGCUACUGACAACGGCGGCUGCUGACGACAAUGUCGAUGAACAACGUAGCGGGCGCAACCGAUGUUGUUACACAGGCCAAGUAGCGACACGCCGAUAUCGUGCUCCUGAACUUUUGUUUGGCUCUGUCCACUACGACCAAUCAAUUGAUAUGUGGUCGGUCGGUUGCAUUUUAGCAGAAAUGCAAAUGAAAACUCCUCUAUUCGCGGGUGAUUCUGAUAUGGAACAGAUUGCUAUCGUUGUACAUAAUUUAGGGACUCCAACUGAUGAAACUUGGCCAAAUAGGAAUGAAAUGCCAGAUUACAAUAAAUUAAAGUUUACAAAAUGUGAUCCAGUACCAACAAAUGAAUUGUUGCCUGAUGUUGAUGAAUUUUUAGUUGAUUUAGUGGGAAAAUUAAUUUUAUACAAUGCGGAUAAGAGAUUAAAUGCAUACGAGGCAUUACUUCAUCCUUAUUUUUUUAAUGAACCAUUGCCAUGCUUAGAACAUCUAAUGCCAAAACCACCAAAUGAUCAUAGACAAAAACUUAUGCAAAAACCAAUCGAAGUAAUUGAAAAUUUGGAAAGAAAUUUUAGUUGUUUAUACCAAAUACUUGAUGAAACGUUGUAA